AUGAACCAUAAGAUUGAAGAACAAUUUGAACUACUAUUCAGAGAACACAAACCAAAUUUAAUUAAUACAUUUAAAAUAAAAGAACAAACAUUUCAACGGAUAAAUAACAGAGAUACACAAUGUGAAAUUUUAGGUGUCUCUAUUUUAUUUUUAGUAAUAAUAUUAAAACUUGGAUAUUGGACAAAGCCUUUAUAA